UGGUUCUGGUUCUCGCGGUUUUCGGAGACCAAUUCAUGGUAAAUGGUGAUCCAAAUGUGGUAGAUCGACACGUUGUUCACAGUCUUAGCUGCAAAAAAUACGAUCCUAAGCAGAAAUUGGGCUAUCGGACUGUUAGUAACGGUAGUGAGAUAACAUUCAAAAAAAUGCAUUCGUCACAUAUUAUGGACUCCAUUCAGAUAGCAAUUCUACAUACUGUUUGUACUUCAGUAUUCAGACCAAAACACGAUGUGAUGAUGAACGAAUUUGGGAAGUUCGAAACCAUAUCAUUCCCACCAGGAGGCUCAUCGCUAACGCCUGCACACCACUAUGCCGGGUUUAAAUUUACGAUCUUUGCUCCCGCUGCAUUCAUAUACUUUCGUGAAAUGUUCGGUAUCCAAACGGAUUAUUUUGUGACGUCUCUGUGUUCAGCACCGUUGCGAGAACUGUCGAACCCUGCUGCAUCUGGUUCAUUAUUCUACUUAAGCAAUGACGAUGUGUUCAUCAUCAAAACCGUACAACAUCAAGAGGCUGAAUUCUUACCGAAACUAUUGUCCGGAUACUACACGAAUCUAAAUCAAAAUCCACAUACACUCCUAUCAAAAUUCUUCGGCUUAUAUUCUUUUGAGGGAAAUGGCAAGAAUGUCCGUUUAGUUGUAAUGAACAAUUUGUUGCCAUCAUCCGUGAAAAUACACCAGAAAUACGAUUUUAAGGGUGCUAUACACAAACGAAAGCUCAAUGAAGAAGAUCGUGCCAAAUCAUCGCCAACAUACAGAGAUUUAGAUUUCAUGGAACAUCAUCCGAACGGUAUAUUCCUCGAAUCGGAUACGUACAAUGCAUUGAUGAAGACGAUACAACGUGAUUGUCGUUUACUGGAAUCAUUCGGAAUUAUGGACUACUCAUUGCUGGUUGGUGUACAUAAUUUGGAUUUAGCAAUUAGAGAAAAACAGGAAAAAACAAAACGACCAUCGCACGUGAUUCCCGAUCCAAGAACCAUUUCACAUAAGCAUCAUGAUCCACUUGACAGACCUGGCGGAAUCCCAGCGCGCAAUGGAAAAGGCGAACGAUUACUACUAUUCAUCGGUAUAAUUGAUGUAUUACAAUCGUACCGUUUGAAGAGAAAACUAGAGCAUGCAUACAAAAGUAUGGUUCAUAAUGGGAAUGCGGUAUCCGUGUGUGAUCCAUCAUUCUACUCUCUUAGAUUUCAGGAUUUCAUAGCCAAUACAGUUUUUAAGAAAAUGCCAUUGCACAAUAGCGGCCAGACAGAACUUCAUGACGCUGCUGAGGAUGGUAACUUUGAACAUAUUUGUAAAUUGGAUGUUGUUGAAAAGCUCAUUACGAAAGGAGCCAAAAUUGAUUCUACUGACGAUCAGUUGCGGACACCUCUUCAUUUGGCUGCUUUGAAUGGACACAAGGUUGUCGCUGAAAAGCUUAUCAGCAACGGAGCCAAAGUUGAUAUUACAGACUCUUUUGAUCGAACAGCUCUUCACUUAGCAGCCAAGAAUGGUUACAGGGAUGUCGUUGAAAUGCUCAUCGCGAAAGGAGCCAAUGUUAAUUUUGAAAAUCACUUGAAUGAGACACCUCUUAAUUAUGCUGUUCAGAAUGGCAACUUAAAGAUCGUUCAACUUCUUGUCACCAAUGGAGCCAGUGUUACUGCUACCGACAGUUGUAAUAAGACACCUUAUAAAAAAGCUUUUGAGAAUGAUAACAAGGAGGUGGCUGACUAUCUCAAGGAGGUUGAAGAAAAAAGACGCCAUGGACACAAGUGAAAUCAAU